AUGGGGUUGUUGGUUGCAGUUCUCUGGUACAGCCUGAGCAAUUGGUCCUGUGCUGAGAUAUUUCAAAGCAUUAUUAAAAAUGUUUGGAUCCCUAUGAAGCCCUACUAUACCCAAGUUUACCAGGAAAUUUGGGUAGGAAUGGAGUUGAUGGGCUUCAUUGUUUAUAAAAUCAGGACUGCUGAUAAAAGAAGUAAAGCUUUGAAAGGUCCACAUCCUGCACCUGCUCAUGGUCAUCAUUAA